AGACACACACAAACAGUGAUACAGACCCACAUAUAUAAACCCACCAUUAUAUUCUUCCAUACAUUUCCUUACAAAAUACAUAUAUACACACAAAGUCUCAAUUUUUACAUUUUCUUUUCCAUCUCACCUGACCUUCCUCAACUCUCUCUUUCUCUGUCUCUCAAAACUUGAAGACAUGAGUGAUGACGACUGGGUUAAGCUAGCCAUGAACGACGACGUCACGGUCGCCGACCUUCUUUUUCGUCUCAGAAAAGCUGGAUACGAGCGCCGCCGCCCUCCGCCUCCGAGACAAGCAUCGCCGCCUUUGAAGCUUUAUUGGAGCGUGAGACAGCGGCGGUCAAAGCCUCUCAAGAAGAAAACUGAUUCAACCAGAGCAAGCCCUACCACACCGCUUUCGUGGAGCGGUGCCACCUCUGUCAGCGGCGGCUGCGCCAUCGAUGGCUUCGAGGAGUCCAGCAAACCGGUUAAACCCACCGGCGGCGCGAGAUCUAAGGUUUCUGUCAAGGGUGAACCCACUACUUCCAAGAGACCAAGAAAAAAGAAGACAUUAGCUGAACUUAAAGAGGAGGAAACUUUGCUAUUGAGGGAAAGGAAAAAGUUGAGAAGUGAAAUUGCAACCAUGCGUCUCAAUAUUGAAAAACAAAAAGCCACAAAUGAAAACUUGAACAGAUUGAAGAUUGAUUUAGUUUCUCCACAAAAAGUCAAGACAGAAACUAGUUACCAAGCCGAACAAGUAGACGCAGACGCAGUUAGUAAACCUCGUUCAAUCUCGCCGCCAACAGACGUUGAUCAAGGCAAUGAACUUGUUGCUCAUCAACAGCCGCCUCAAGAAGUAGAAGAGUUAGAAAGUGAAAAAGAAACUGGGUUUUCUCUGCCUGAUCUAAAUCUCCCAGCUGACACUGAUUUCAGCUCAUCUGGGGUAGUAUUAUAUGGAAUAAGCUGAAAAGAAGCAAGAAUUAUAUAGAAUCAGAUGCAUACUGAUAUUAGUUUCUUUGGUUAUAUUUUUUCUUUUCUUUUCUUUUUUAAUCUAAUUAUAAGGAUGAAGAUUGAAGAUGGAAGAUCUUCAAGGGACAUUUACACUUAUUAAGGUAGAAAAUCCUUUCAUCCUAACUUUGUUUUUCAUUUUUCUUUCUUUUUUUAGGUUGAGGUAUUGUAAUUGUAAAGUAGAAAAACCAAUUACUUCAACCACAUCUGAUGUACUCGGAUGUGGACAUUUGUUUUACUUUGGUUUUUUUUUGGUCCUACAUACUGAGGAUAGCGUAGAUAUCCUAACCCAUUAGUUCAAUAUAGUUCAUUAUUCAUUAUA